CCCCUUAUAGUGGACUUGGACGAGGACCAGGAGGAAGACCUUCAGCCUCACGAGCCGGAGAGCACUUCCGCGCCCGAGCCUGAAUACCCCAAAGAAAGCAUAAUGACACCUCGGCUCGGACUGCUCAAGAGCAAGGGUGCCGUCUUUCCUGCCGAGGUCGCGAAAUGGGCUGAUAUGCCUACAAGCCAGCUCGGAGGCCGGGCUGCCAACUACUGCAUGGUGGUGAAGACCCCUCGGCUCGGACUGCUCAAGAGCAAGGGUGUCGUCUUUCUUGCUGAGGUCGCGGAAUGGGUUGAUAUGCCUACAAGCCAGCUCGGAGGCCGGGCUGCCAGCUACUGCAUGGUGUUCGAGGUCUUCCUGAAGAGAGCUCGAGAAGCUGAGGAGAAGGCGCAUAAACUUUAUCGCGAGCUGGACAUAGCUCGAGGUGAGGUUCUUCGGGCCAAGAAGGGAGUUCGGAGCCAGCAGGAGCUGAUCAUGGCCAUGACCGAGGAGAAGGCGAAGCAACAAGAGCUGAUCAUGGCCAUGACCGGGGAGAAGGUGAAGCAACAGGAGCUGAUCUCAGCAAUGACCGAGGAGAAGGCGAAGCUUCAACGAGAGAUCGAGAAUCUUGAAGCAAUGAUCCAAGAGCGAACUGAGAUCUUCGAGACCGCCAUCCAAGAGGAGCGAGCUAAAGAAAGAAGCCACGCCAUUGACCGCUUCAAGGAAUCCUCGAAGUUCCACAAUCUCCAGGUCGAAUAUGGAUUGAGCUCCUAUCUUUCUGGCUUCAAGCUGUGCAAGUAUCUAAUGCGGCAGAAAUUCCCCGAUCUUGACCUCAGAGUCAUCUCUAUGUCUGACCUUACUCCCGAGGUGGCGGAGGCGGCUAACGAAGAGCCCGGCUCAUCUGAAGAAGAAAGUGACGACAAAGUCCAAGAGGCGGGCCCAUCGGGUCAAGAGGACGCGGAGGAGCAUAUGGAGACCGACCUGCCUGGCAGUCCGCAUGCAUGAUCUUGGCUUUUUCUUCUUUUUACUGUUUGGAUGUACACCCCGAGGCCACCGAGCUCGGGUUAUAAUGAGAUCUUUGUACUUAAAAUCUUUUCAUCAAUGAAAUACAAACUU